CAGUGCUGCUCGUCGACGAGGAGUGCGUUUGAUUGUUGCAGGGUUCAAUGGCGGACAGAGCAGGAGAGUUGGGCUAGCACCGAGGACAAUAACACCUAUACCCGGUCUAUUCUUCGGUUCGCCACUGUGUGCCCGCGGGUACAACGGGCGAGGCGAAGUCUCUCGAGCGUUAACGUCGGUUACAAAGUCGCUGCCGCAGGUUUUUGCUCGUCCUUAGCCGCUCUGCACUUCCCAUCCCGGACGAAGAAGUUACACCGUUGAUGGUGGCUCACUAGCUUGCGAGCAAACCAUGGGGGACUCUCUCGAAUUGAUAGGGAAGCGUCUGAUUUUACUCCUCGACGACGGAAGGUCAGCGAAUGGAACCGAGUCGGAGAAAGCUCCCUGGGCCCGGGACUGGCUCCGGGGUACUGUGCGGGCGGUGAGCGUCAUCGGCCUAGCUGCUUCUGAGGUUAGCGAAGCAGAGGCGACAACAACAACCCCCGCAGCAGGGCUGACGGUAUUUGUGGAAUUUGAGAAUGCCUUGCAGCGCUGUUCCUGGGUGCAGGUGUAUGAUGAGGGAGUGAAAGCUGUGUUGGUAGAAGAUUCUGUUGUUUGGGCCAAUCGGAGUGAUGGCACUGGGGCAACUGGAGCUGCAGCACCCGCCACUGCCUGGCCUGCUCUGGUUUUCCGCUCCCUGGUGGAUAGAGUGGGUUUAGGGUCGAUGGUUCCUGUGGAGUAUUUUGGCAACAAGACUUUUGAGUUCCUGUCUGAUAACAAAACUAUCCAGAGGUUUGAGGUGGAUAAAGACAUCAGACACCCAUUAGUGCUGGAGCAGCCAACUCUGCUGUCAGCCAUAUCCAGCUGGCGUACUGACUUUGAACUGCAAGAGAUCUUCAGGAAGGGUUCAUACACUAUUCAAGGACGCAGGGUUCUUGUGUACCAACCAGAAUUUGAGGAGUGUUGGGCCUCAGGACUGGUGUCACAGCAUGACCCUAUCUCACACAUUAUGGAGAUAAGCUUGGAUAAGGGAGAAGAGAAUCAGAUUGUAGAUCCACGUGUGAUACAUGUCAUGCUGGCACAGGAGGAGCUUGGUAAGAGUGGGCGGCGAAGGAAGGAUAGUGACACAAUAAAGGGUGAUACUGGACGCAGACGUAGGACUGCCUCUGAAGGUGAGGAUGACUUGAACUUGAAACGUUUUAAAGGAGCAGGAGAUGCAGGAGCUAACACACAGAACUGUGUCGACUCCACCAAAACCCCAUUGGAGGGGAUGGGUAUUUGGGCUGGAGACUCUGGUGAAAGAGUCAGCAGCACAACCAAAAAUGGAGGCUCUUCAGAGGGAACCUUUCCUCAAGGCAGUGUGCCAUCCCCCAAUGCCAAUUCCUCACUCCAAAUGGACCAAGCAAAUGCUGCUACUCCUCGUUAUCCAGCUCACGUCAAAGAAAAUGGUCGCCCCCUUUCCACACAAGGUGCAGCAGACUCCACCACCAAUGUUGCUCAUACCCCCAAUCCACCUCCCCUCAAACCAGCCCCCUCUCCCUUCUCCACCACAUCUUUUCCCUCUUUAGGCCAGAUGCCAAGCCUGGUCCCUGGAGCUCAUGCCCCCAAGGCCUCCCCAUCCCCCCAGCCAGACCGAGAGGAGGCCUCUCAGUCAUCCUUUUCCAAAACAGCUGCUCUUGUUUCACCAGGCCCCGUCACUAUUUCUUGGUCACAGGACAGUGGCCCUAGUGUGGCACUUUCUGCCUCUGUGGGUUUUAGUCCUAAAGCACCUGCCUGGGGAAGCCAGACAGAGGGCUCUAAAACUGCCUUGGGUUUUCGUUUGCCCCAGGCUUUACCAGUUGGUCCUGUAUUUGGCGAUGUUACCUCUCAAACCAAUGGAGGUCCUUCCACUACCACAACCUCCCAGGACACUCCCAGACCUUUUGGCUUUGGCUUUGGUGGAGCAAAGCACGAGAGUCAAUCUCAACAAGACAAAAACUUGUUUUUCCAGUGUAUGUCCCAGAAUUCUGGUUCCAGCCCAAGCCUAACUGCUGGUCCGACGCAAUCCAAGGACACCAACUACUUCACUUCUGUGUCUGAGGACCUGAAUAAAGAGCCACCAAGUCUUUUUAAGUCUGCAACCUCUACUGAAGGGCUGAAAAAGCUUGACCAGUCCAAAGUGCCUGAGACCCAUCCAACAGGAAAUGGAAUAAUCAACAAAUCGUCCUUAGCCUUCCAAGGUAUUGUUGGCUCUGCAGGAGGGAGAACCUCUAAUCUAGCUCAAAGUGCUUCUACAAUAGGCAGUAAUAAUGGAACUUCUUCAGGUGGCUUAGGCCUGCAAACCAGUUUUCCCACUCCAGAUAGCCACCAGAACCUUUUUCUGCAAGCCUCUAAAGAACCCACUAAUCCAUUUCUGGCUUAUGGGGACAAAAUGUCCCACAUACCCUUUGCUGGACUGAGUGGGGCUGAGGGACAGGCCCUGGGUUCUGCCUCAGACAGCAAGUCAAACCUCUUCACCAUGGUGGAGCCACCUAAGGGAAUUCUGUCUUCCCCUUUCCCAGCACUCUCAGCAGCUGCUUCACCCAGCUCUUCCUUCUCUACAGCAACGGCCCCAUCCCAAAAGUCACAGAGUGAAGAAGCUGUGACAAAGGAGGAGCAAGAGGUUGGGGAGAUGCCUACAUCCACCUCAGGCUGUCACAUGCUGGGAAGCACUGGUCCUGGUGGAAUGGAUGCAGACCCCAUGUCCUUUGUCCAGAGCCAGUCUCAGAAGUUUACCCUAGAGGAAAGAAGCCAAGCAUCAAAACAUGACUCUGACUCUAGCAGCAACAGUGACUUGUCAGACUUGAGUGAGAAUGAGGAGGGUCUGGAGAAAGGCCAAGUACCUGGGGGACCACCACACCCUGCCAAGGAUGUGGCCAUGUUACAGAAAACUAAAGUCCAAGGGGCUUCAAAGAGCCGUCCACGUAACAAGCCGUUCAAAGUGGGCCAAUCUGUCUUAAAAGACCAGAGCAAGGUGCGGCGUUUGAAGCAGUCUGGUGAGUCUUUUCUCCAGGAUGGUUCCUGCAUUAAUGUGGCCCCUCACUUGCACAAGUGCCGGGAGUGCCGUCUGGAGCGUUAUCGCAAAAGUCGAAAUACAGAUGAAGAUAGCGAAGAUGAUGAUGACCCAAAUGUAUCCUGCCGUUUCUUCCACUUCAGAAGGUUGGCAUUCACGCGUAAAGGUAUACUGCGCGUGGAAGGUUUUCUGAGUCCCCAACAGAGUGAUUCUAUGGCUAUGAGUUUAUGGCUACCUGUACCAGCUGCCCAAGAGGGGCUUGACCUUGAUACAUCCAAGUACAUUCUGGCCAAUGUGGGAGACCAGUUUUGCCAGUUGGUCAUGUCCGAGAAGGAGGCCAUGAUGAUGGUGGAACCUCACCAGAAAGUGGCUUGGAAACGUGCUGUGCGAGGUGUCAGAGAAAUGUGUGACGUGUGUGAGACCACCCUGUUCAACAUCCACUGGGUGUGCAGAAAGUGUGGCUUUGGAGUUUGUCUGGACUGCUAUCGGCUCCGCAGGAACAGGCCAAGGGAGGAUGUUGAUGAAGGUUCGGAGGAUGAAGUUUUCGCUUGGUUGAAAUGUGCUAAAGGUCAACCUCAUGAGCCACAGAAUCUCAUGCCUACGCAGAUUAUACCUGGGACAGCUCUUUACAACAUUGGGGACAUGGUGCAUUCAGCAAGAGGCAAGUGGGGUAUCAAGGCCAAUUGUCCUUGUGCUAGUAGACAAACCAAGCCACUCAUGCGCCCUAUUGCUCCCAAUGGGAUUUCACAGUCUACAGCAAGCGUUGGUGGUGGCCUUGCAACUGUACCUCUUAGUAUUGGCACCACUCCAAAAUCAGAGGGAGAAGCCUCAGUGAUUAAAACAGAAAAUGCACAAACAGUCACACCAUCAGACAGUGGAGGUGGGGAAAGUGUUGGUAGUACAAAUAACUCCACCAGUGGUACAUCCUCCCCCUCUAACCUCCCCCAGUCCUCUGCCAAGGAAUCACGCUCAUCUGGAGAGGGUAACAGCUCUGCUCUGCACUGGUUGGCAGACUUGGCUACACAGAAAGCCAAGGAUGAUACCAAGGAAUCUGGUUCACUUCGUUCUAUGAUGAGUCGAGACAGCCGGCCUCCUUUUGGCCUAGACUCACUUAGUGCCCUGUCGAAGCCUUCUGCAUCAAGCCCUAAGCUAUUUAAUAGCCUGUUGUUGGGCUCCAGUAUGGCCCACUCCAAACCUGAAGGCUCGAGUCUCCGGGAUCUGCUCAACUCCGGACCUGGAAAACUGCCACAAGGCCCUGGAGAGAGUGGGGUACCGUUCCCCUCCGUCUUCACUUCUGCAGGCAAUGAUAAGCUGAAGAGCAGCCUCCCAAACUUCCUGGAUCACAUCAUCGCCUCUGUUGUGGAGACCAAGAAGGCAGAAGGCCGUCGCACUGGGGCCACUGAAGGUGGCGAGCUUUCUGUGUUGGGGGGCCGUAAAGAUGGAGUAAUGGGCCUUAGUGUUUUAGAACCUCAUACAUCACACUCCUGGCUCUGUGAUGGACGACUCCUCUGCCUGCAGGAUCCCAGGAACAGUAACAACUGGAAGAUCUUUAGAGAGUGCUGGAAGCAGGGACAACCUGUUUUGGUGUCAGGGAUUCAUAGACGUCUGAAGCAAGAUUUAUGGCGACCAGAAGCUUUCAGUAAGGAGUUUGGAGACCAGGAUGUAGAUCUGGUCAACUGUAGAAACUGUGCUAUCAUCUCUGAUGUGAAGGUGCGAGAAUUCUGGGACGGCUUCCAGGUCAUUAACAAGCGACUGAAAGAUGCUGAUGGCCAGCCCAUGGUGUUGAAGUUAAAGGAUUGGCCUCCAUGUGAAGACUUCAGGGACAUGAUGCCCACACGGUUUGACGAUCUGAUGGACAACCUCCCUUUGCCUGAGUACACAAAAAGAGACGGUCGAUUAAACCUUGCUGCCCGUCUCCCCAACUUUUUUGUGCGUCCUGACCUUGGUCCUAAAAUGUACAAUGCCUAUGGGCUAAUCUCAAGUGAAGACAGGAAGGUGGGAACAACUAACCUUCAUCUGGAUGUGUCUGAUGCUGUCAACGUCAUGGUUUAUGUUGGCAUUCCUGAAGGAAAUGAUAACCAUGAGCAAGAGGCAGAUCUCUCUGGACACCAAGAGGUCAUGACCACCAUUGAAGAGGGCGAUGUGGAUGAAAUGACAAAGCGGCGGGUAUACGAGGCAAAGGAGAAACCCGGUGCACUGUGGCACAUCUAUGCUGCCAAGGAUGCUGAAAAGAUCAGAGAGCUGCUCCGCAAGGUGGGAGAGGAACAGGGUCAAGAAAACCCUCCAGACCACGACCCCAUUCAUGACCAGAGCUGGUACCUCGAACAAGUGCUCCGCCGUAGGCUCUAUGAAGAAUAUGGAGUCCAGGGCUGGGCCAUUGUACAGUUCUUGGGAGAUGCUGUAUUCAUCCCGGCUGGAGCACCACACCAGGUGCACAACUUGUACAGUUGUAUCAAGGUGGCUGAGGACUUUGUAUCUCCUGAGCAUGUGAGGCACUGUUUUAGACUGACCCAGGAGUUCAGGCAUCUGUCCACCACUCAUACAAACCACGAAGACAAGCUCCAGGUGAAGAAUAUAAUCUAUCACGCAGUUAAGGACGCUAUUGGGACGUUGAAGGCUAAUGAACCUAAACUAGCACGCCCUUAGUUCCUCCACUUAACCCAAGACAACCUGCCUCUGAAGACCACACCACUACGUACACACACACGGUAUUACAAACCUGCAUACACAAGCUGCAGCGUACAGAGAUGGAGAGAGGGUUUGUUAAGGAGAGUAAAGAUUUGGGGAAGAACAUUUGAUCUUGGGAGGGAAUAGAGCAGGGGGGGUUAGUCAGUGCUGUGAUGAAGGAAGGCCUUUAUCGCUGUUACACAGUACGCUCAAACUUGCCUAGUUUUUCUCUUCUUCUUUUUUUUCUCAGAUUAACUCUGUAUUUAAGGUCAGUGUGUUUGUUCAGUUGUUCUUAUUGUACAUGUAUGAUGGGAGUAAAGGAGUUGAAAGCUGAUGUGCCUUCAGCUAUCAUAUAAGUGACUGACAAAAUGUGAGUACUGGGCUAACUUUCUUAUUAUGAUGACGUCAAUAUUAUUUUACUUCAGUAGGAGCGAGGUUAACCUGUUUUUGUAGAACUUCUUUUUUUGUCGUUUUUAAACAGCUGAUUGCUUCUGCUCUCUGUAGCUGACAUGAAUUUGGGAAGCAGCCAGUAAAGAGAAGCAGACCAAAGUUUUGUAUUUUUAGUUUACUUAUUUCAGUUUUAGAGUAAGAAGUCUUUUCUUUUUAUACACAACAAGGUAAUGAUCAGAAGGACUUCAGAGGGACAUUUUUCUAAGUCAUGGAUUUGGUCACUUGUCUCCCAUGGACUCAAUUAGGUGAAGAUUUCCAACAAUGUUCACAGAUCCCAAUUGCAGCUGUACAGAACUACUGUCCAUUAACGUUGUAUCAAUACAUAUUGAUAUUAGCAGUCUGUUUGAUUUUUCACAAUAAAAUUUACAAAAAUUA